AUGUCAGACAUGGUGGAUCAUCCCGACAAUUCUUCUCCGGGGGUCGGGCCAGACACCUUCCAAAGUUGGAGAGACCUCUCUGAACAGCAAAAAACUGAAGUCCUCAAAUCUGCGCUUGAGACCUGUCAUCAUAUGAUAGUAAGGGGAGUCGACGGCAAACAUCGCAUUGUCACGGACCUCAUCCAUACCCUUCCUCCUCUUCCUGAAGGUCUACUAAGCGAUCAAUUUCUAGGUGAGAUGAGGAAUGAAUCAAGCCAGAUCGGGCCAAAUGAUUGGAGAGACCCGGAUUGUGCUGGGGAGAUAAUAGCAGUGUCAUAUCUGAAACCACUCAGCCUGAGAGCUCUCACAGAUGCAGCCGAGACCGCUGUCACAGACAUUCACAAAGCUGUGGCAUUUAUUAUGGACAAGGUUCUUGAAUUUGAAAAGACUAGGAAAACGUUUUAUGCACCAAGAACUAGUAAGGAGGAGAACAUCAUUACUGACGCCUGUGAUCUCAUUCAUAUUAUCCAUGCCUAUCAUAAAGUGGUCUUUAGCACUGUAAACCAUCUCAUAGAAGUGUAUACAAACACAUACUCAGCCCCCCCCCAAGAUAGGACAGCAGAAACACCUGGUUCACUGGACCUCCCACAGGGCAAUUCCACAUAUUGGGGCUAUAAAACGGCUUGGAGAUUAUCAUGGUUUAAAAUACACCUCCAAAUGCUAUCAACGGAGAUGAGAGUGUUUGACAUAAUGUGCAGCAUUGAGGGCAGUAUGGAUUACCUCACAGACCUAAAAUACGCCUUUCAAUGCAGGAAACCACUUAAACAGGCCACAAAGGCCUUUCAGGAGAUACGACAACAGCAGGCCAGUACUAAUCAAGAUUACAGAACAAGAAUGAGCAGUGAACUCUCUGAUACGCAAGUAAGGUCAGUAGCGGUAGAAGCCGCUAUGAGCCAAUUCACUGAGUUAGAUUGGAAGGCAAUGACAUACGGUCAGCUCGCAGAAGCCGUGCAUUUCCAUCAACAAAGCCUAGAUGAGUCUCUGAUCUCACACGAGGAGGUGCCGGGAAAAAUUUCUGGGGCAGAGACGGAAACUACCAGUACACUACCUGAUGCCUAG